AUGGCCGUCGUAGGCGCACGGAACCUGCUGUUCCUGUUCGCCGCCAUGGCCAUUCUCCUCAUCUUUUGGACCUCCUCCUCCUUCACCACCGGCUCCAGAUGGACGCCCGACAUGGCCAAGACCGAUCUGCUCAAUCCCCUCAAAGACGUCAAGAACGCGCCCGAAGUGCACGGCCCACCGACCAUGGCCGAGGAGUCAGAUGCAAAGUUCAAGGCCGAGGARGAACAGGCCAUCAAAGAGAAGGCGGAGAAGGAAGCGGCGGAAAAGGAACGGGUCAAGGCGGAGAAGGAGGCGGCGGACAACCUCGCAAAAGAUGACAAGACCCGGCCCAAGAAGCCGACGGCAGCGGACAAGGACACCCCAUCCAAGGUGGAUCCCAAUGCUGCAGCCACCACCACCACCAAGUCUGAAUUCAACGAGGAGAAGUACGCCUUCCAGCAAGAUCUCAAGCUCGAAAACCCCAAAUUCGACACGACAUCCCUCCGUCGCUACAAACCACACAACUACCGCGGACCCGGCCAUGAGACCUUUGCCACCUACUUCUCUACAAGAGACUCCUCCUUACAUGACCCUUACUUCCUCGCCGCCCAACAGCUGGCCUACCGUCUCCUCUGGGAUCCUCGCAGCAAAUCCGCCAAACAUCCCCUGACCGUCUUCGUCGCUCCCUUCAUCUCUGAUGAACAGCGGGAUCUCCUCCAAGCAGCUGGUGCCCUCGUCAAAGAACUCGAUCUCGUUCCUUGGCAUCCCGCUGUGGCCACCUACGCCCGCUGGAGAGAUCUCUUCUCCAAGCUCAACAUGUGGGAACAAACCGACUUCUCCCGCAUCACCUUCCUCGAUUUGGACACCUUUCCCGUGGAGAACAUUGACGCCAUCUUCGACAACGCCAAAAGUCAGAAGUGCAACCCCGAGCUCCUCCCUGUGGAAGACAAGCCCGCAGAAAAGGAAAUCUGCGACUACACCUUCACCGGAACGGAAGUCCCCGGCUACAAGGAAAUCAACGUCGGAGUCAUGGUCUUCAACCCCAACAAAGCCAUGCACACCCGCCUGAUGCGCGAAUACGUCAACACGGAGAAGUACGACUCCAAAAUGGCCGAGCAGGCCUUUUUAUCCUUUGCCUACCGCACUGAUGGACCCUUCCCCGCUGCCUUUGUGGAUCGCACGUGGAAUGGUUUCUUCCCGCAGCAUGAUGAAGAGGGGAAAUUGAAGAUUAUCCAUGAGAAAUUGUGGGCGCAGAAUGACCAUUUACCCUGGGCGAAUAGUAUGUUUGGGGAUACGUGGAAGGCGAUGCGGGAGUUGUAUGAGAGUGAUGCGUUUGUGGAAUUACGAAAGAAGGAUGGGAGGAGGGAGUAUUAA